UCUUCGCCGAGACGUUCUGCCAACCUUUCCCAUGGCUGAUGUUGCCAUACUGCCGCCACAAUAACAAGGACGAUGACACCGGCGGAGAAGAAUGUAAGGGGGAGUACUGCCGUCGCUUCCACGACGUCGUCACCAACGAAUUCCACCACAUCGACUUCCCCGAAGCUUUCGGCAAAACCUGUCGUGGCGGCGGCUUCGGAUGGCUGGCCUUCACCCAGGAAACCCCUUCAGGUUUCUUGAUCAACCCUACCACCAGACAACAGAUCGAUCUCCCUCCAAUCACGACGCUGCCAGGGGUGCUGAGCUACCGACCGAACCGGGCCGGGUUCGAAUACGUUCGGCAGGAUGUGUCUUUCUCUGACGGCGAAGUGUACCGGGUGGGAGAAAGCGGGUCGUGGAUGGCGCACUCUUACGUCAACAAGAUAGUGAUGUCGACCGACCCGACCCGCAAGGACUGCUGCGUGGUGAUGGGCCUGUUCGAAAGCUGCUUGGGAGGCCUCGCGCUCUGCCGGCCGGGGCUCGACACCAAGUGGACCACCGUCGUGGGCUCCACCAGCUGCUACACCGACGCCGUGUUCUGGAGGGAUCAAUUCUACGCCGUGGACUGCCUCGGGAACGUCGACGUGAUCUCUUACAACCCUGGCGAUGGUCUUCCGACAAAGUCACGGUGGCUUUCUACUCUGCGCGACUAUAGAUAUCUUGGCGUCAAUGAUCACUACUUGGUGGAAAACCCGUCUGGGGAACUCAUGUUGGUGCACAGGAACAAAGACUGGAGAGAUUGUGAGGGACCUGACUUCCCGCCGCAGGAGCGGGAGGAGCUUCAUUUCGACGGCGAAGAAGACACCACGUACGUGGCUUUUCACGGUUCCAAAGCGAGGCUGGACUUGUACGAGACGGCGGCGUUCAAGGUUUUCAAGCUGAAUACAGAUGCGCACGAUUGGGAAAGAGUGGACAGCGUAGGGGAGGAUUACGCGUUGUUCUUGGGAGGCAAUCGAGCGAGCUUCGUCUCCGCGGGGGAUUACCCUGGUUGCAGAGCCAACUGCAUCUAUUUCACGGAUGACUACAAUGAAGGUCAGGAGGCUGACUGUGAUGGCGGGUACGAUGUUGGGGUGUACGACAUAGGAAGAGGAAGUGUUGAGCCGUUUCAUUGUCGGAGCUUGUAUGAUCCUGUUCUGAUUUGGCCGCCGCCUGUUUGGGUAUUUCCAUGUGAAUGAUCUAGCGGAUAGGUCUUUGUUUCAGUUUAGUCCUUGAAGUUUUAUUUGGAGUAAAAUAAGUCCAUCUGUAGUUUCAACUUAGUUUCCAGCUUUGUUAGUCAAGUUUGCAUAUUAUAUAGUAGGUUGUUGAUGAGUCAUGGGAGGUGUA